CAGGGUAUUAUGAGCUUCUUCAUCGAUCGGUUGGGAGAGGGAGAACCAGCGCUUCCAACUGAAUACGAUGCUGAUCAGGAUCCAGUUCUUAGGCCAAUUCCGUCAGACGAUGAGUCCAUUGUUCAUGAAGAUGAAAGUGAAGAAGCUGAGAAAGACUUGACAAUGGAGAUCCCUUCUGACAGUGAAGGAGAAAUUAAUUCUAAAACGAUCUCAACAACUUCUACCGUGAUGUGUACAAAUAUCCAGCUUCCGGAAAAGCGAAAACGAAAAUCAAAUCUAGUGUCGCGCCCUGAAAGCCGCCUCCGAAAAUCAGGUAAUAAUGUUAAAAGUAACCUCACAGAUUCAGGGGUCAAAAAUAAGGACUCAAAAGAGUCAAGAAGAUCAAAAAGUGUUCAUAUUGAUACUGAGGGAAUGUUUUUCUGUGGACCACAAAAACCAUUUGAAGAUCCUCUAAUCGCUAAAAAACAGUCUUCCAAACAACGAAGCGUCUCAAAAACGAAGAGUCCCAAAACUAAAGAAUCUGAAGACUUACCAUCAAAAAUGGAGAUUCCAGAAAAGGUUUUGCAGCAGUAUGAAAAGGGAAGUAAAUUUUCAAGUAGUCACAUAAAACAGGCCAAGGUUAAACACGAAUUGGAAAAACAAGAAACUCGGAUGAGCGAAGCUGUGGAAAAAGCGGCUAAAAUGGAUUUGUUUUUAUCCGAACAACCGGGUUAUAUUGAAGCUGAAGACGAAGAGUUGCCUAGCUUAGAUCAAGAUACGAUUCAGAGGAAUGUCGACAUAACCAAUGCCGAAAAGCGAUUUGACCUUUCCUUGAAACAGUUCGGACCUUAUAAGGUUAGUUACACAAGAAAUGGAAGGUAUCUUCUAAUCGGAGGCAAAAUGGGUCAUAUUGCUGCUUUUGACUGGAAUAAAAAGUCCCUUUGCUCCGAAAUUAAUGUAAUGGAAACAGUAAAUGAUAUCUGUUGGCUGCAUAAUGAAAACAUGUUUGCAGUUGCUCAGAAAAGAUGGGUUUAUAUCUAUGACAGAGCGGGAGUUGAGCUGCAUGCUUUAAGACAGCUAGACAGAGUGAAGUCCAUGCAGUUUUUACCCUAUCAUUUCUUACUAGCUACUAUGAAUGACCUUGGAUUCCUAUCAUACCUUGAUGUCUCGAUGGGUAAAGUGGUUUCAACACUGUCAACGGGGCUAAAAGGUGUCAGAGAAAUAAUACAUAAUCCUCAGAAUGCUGUAAUUUUCUCAGCGCAUCCGAACGGAGUUGUGAAUUUAUGGGCGCCUAGCUCGAAUAAACCGUUGGUGAAAAUGGCAUGCCAUAGAUCAGCCAUUGCAACGAUGGCCAUUGAUAAAAGUGGGAAUUAUUUAGCUACAUGUGGCAUCGAUAGAAGAUUGAGAAUUUUUGACCUGAGAACUUUCGCUCCAGUGCACUCCUAUAAAUUGAAUGUGAGUGCUCGGAGUUUAGAUUUUAGUCAGAAAGGUCUUUUAGCAGCGGCUUUCCCCAGAAAUGUUGAUAUUUUCAAAGGCACAUGUGGCGAUGAUUCUAUUGUGAAGCCGUUCCUAACUCAUAGGUUGCAUAGAAGUCAAAUAGGAAAUGUUGAGUUUUGCCCGUAUGAAGAUGUAUUAGGUAUCGGGCACCAGUUAGGUGUGUCAAGUAUUUUGGUUCCAGGUUCCGGAGAGCCGAACUUUGAUGCUUUAGAGGUUAACCCGUUCGCCACAACUCAGCAGCGUAAAGAGGCUGAAAUUAAGUCUCUAUUGGAUAAAAUCCAACCUGAAAUGAUUUCCUUGGAAAAUAAUCAAAUUUUGAGGGUUCACAAGGAAGAGAAAACUGAAAUCCGAGACAAGGAUGUACCUCCGGCAUUGCAAGUAAACUUGAAGAAGAAAGCGAAAGGACGAAGCAAGUCGAUGAAAAAAGAGCAGAGAAAGAGCGGCUUAAAAGAAGAACAGCGUCGAAAAGAUAUUCAAGAGAAAAUAAAAAUAAAACGAAAAGAAAAGCGAGCAGCAAAACGCGGAAAAGCAGGGAAAAAUUCAAUGUCAUUUGAUCCACUCGAUCGCUUCAAAACUAAGUCUAAAUGAAAAAAUUAUUUGGCGAUUUGUUAUAUCAAUAUACCGGUGAAGUAGGUUUGUAAAAUGCACUGCUGCUCGAAUUCAAGCACUUUGAUGCGUUUUCUUAAGUGUUGUAAUAAUGGUUGGGGAGGGUUCUCAUGCU